GUUGAGUAGUCAGUAUGACUCCCCUGUCCUGCCUAUGCAAAGUGUCAAGGAUGUUUAUCUGCUCUAAAUGUUUGGUAAUAUUUAUAACACUGCAAUUCAUGAUCAGAACUUCAGCUAAUGACCAUCCCAAAUUCAAUUACUGGAAUGGACAUGAGCGCAAGUCUUAUGACCUGGGCCUGCUUAUGUACAAAUGGGAUCCACUAAUUAUCUCUCUUUGAACAGCCGGUCCAAAAUCUGCAUGCCAUUCUUUCUAUUCAUUCUGAAUGUCUUUCUAAAAAGCAAAUUGUUCACCAGCUGGUUUUCUGUACAGUUCUUGCUAUCUUCUGCCCUCUGCAUUGGGAAGAAUGGUACCUCAGAUCCUCAAAAGACCGCAUGCUCUGUCUUUUGCAGCUAGUGGCUUCCUGAUGUAUUAUCAGUUAGGGGUGGUCCGGGCCCUGAAGGAACUAGCACCUGAAAUGAUAAACUCACUCUCCAGGGUUUAUGGUUCUUCCGGUGGAGCACUUGUUGCAGCAGUAAUAACCUGUGAUGGUGAUUUAGAUGCUUUUCAAGAAUGUCUCUUCAAAGCUGUGGAAGAUUCCAGAAGAUCAUUUUGGGGUCCUUUUUCACCAUUUGUUGGGGUAUUCCGGACAUUAAAGGAAGGGUUAAUUAAAAAUCUGUCAGAGAAUUCUCACCAGAAGGCUUCAGGGAAACUCUACCUUUCUCUUACACGUGUGUCAAACUUGCAAAAUGUCAUGGUUUCAGAGUACAAGUCAAAGGAGGAUCUAAUUGAGGCUCUCAUGUGCAGCUGUUUUAUUCCAGGGUAUGGUGGUUUGAUACCACCCACCUACCGUGGUGUGAGAUAUAUGGAUGGAGGCUUUACAAACAUGCAACCUUGCCAUGAUGUAGAAGGAGUGAUUUCAAUAUCUCCCUUUACAGGAGAGAUUGAUAUUUGUCCAAGAGAUAGCCAAGCUCUUUUCAGCAUAGUAAAUAUCUUUGGAACCACCAUUCAGCUUUCCAUGGGGAAUUUUUCCAGGGCAUUUCAUGCGGGCUUUCCACCAACUAUCACGGUGAUGGAGCGAUACCAUUCACUGGGCUAUCAGAAUGCCAUAUCCUUCUUACUCAUGACUAGAGAUAUGAAGAAAAGCAUAACUAAAAUCAGUUGUAGCAACUCAACUUCACCAAUCAAAAAGGUUGCCUUGGAUCCUGCAUAGGGAGGAAGGUGGUAAAUAAAUAAUCAGCACUAUCAACAUCAUCAUGUUUUAUAGCUAAAUUUUGAUUAUGCUUUAUUUUUAAAAGUAUUAAUUACGUGGCUGUUUUAUAUUCUUACGUUUUACUGAAUUUGUGUUUUUAACCUUUUUGUUAUUUUUAACUAUGUUUUAUUUUAAUUAUGUUUUUGCUUUGAUGGACUGUUUGUAUUUGUGUCUAUAGGCAUUUUGUCCCAUAUGUAAGCCACCCCGAGUCCUGUUUGGGAGAUGGUGGUGGGAUAUAAGAAUAAAAUUGUUGUUGUUGUU